AUGGGCGCCAUCACCUCAGCGCUACUGCCGCUAAAUCGCCCGGCAUUUUACAACGCGUUUGUAUCAGUAGUGCCGUUGCCCAUACAAGGGGUAAGUCCUAUUGAAGGCCGUUUGUGCCAAGUUUCUGGCUGGGGUUUCACCAGCACCAUUGGAGGGAAGCCCUCGGAUACCCUGCGAAGUGUGAAACUGCCCAUAGUUCCAAUGCGAAAAUGUAACAGCUCCGCCUCCUACGCCGGACACAUCACAAGCAACAUGAUCUGUGCCGGCUUCAUCACUGGAGGAAAAGAUGCCUGUCAGGGAGAUUCUGGGGGCCCCCUGGUGUGCGAUGGGAAGGUCUAUGGCGUUGUAUCCUGGGGUCACAGCUGCGCGAACCCCAAAUACCCCGGAGUAUAUACUGCAGUGGCCAACUUCCAAAGGUGGAUCUACAGGACAAUCGUUUAAGAGGAUCCUAUGGAAUUUUCAUUUUAUUGCCUCCAGCCUCUAGUCAUCUCGCCCAACUGCCCUAAUCAUAACCCCCCCACCCCUCCAGCCUCGGCCAAUAGGGCAACUGCGCCCAACAUGGUGCUGGGAAACUGCGCCCACCGUGAAUUCAUUUUCUUUACUUGACAAUGCGGAAAGUCCCACACAGUUAGUCUGGGAGGCGCUGCUUUAUCUGUUUAUUUGCCAACUUGGUCUGUCCUUAUGUUCUCAAGAACCCUGAAUGUGGUGCUUAAAUAGUGUAAACAUAACUAUAAACCCUGUGAGAAUGAGGAAUGAAUGGGUAUUGGGGAGUUGUAUCAGGAGUCAGAAC